GUAAUCUCUACAGGAAUGGAGCACAAUUGUGUCCUUGUGGAAGUCCUGAUCAUCCUCAUGAUGACUUUUCCUCAGGCAUCUGCAGUCACACACUCUCUACAGUAUUUCUACACUGCAGUUACACCAGGAAUAAAUUUCCCAGAGUUCACUGCUGUGGGUUUGGUGGAUGGAGGACAGUUUGUGUACUACGAUGGUAAGAUCAGGAGGGUGAUCCCAAAGACAGAGUGGAUACAGAAGAUGAAUUAUGAUGAUCCAGAUUACUGGAAUAGAGAGACACAGAAUCUACAGGGAUCUCAGGAGACCUUUAAAGUCAAUGUGGAUACAGCAAUGCAGCGCUUUAAUCAGACAACAGGAGUUCACUCAGUGCAGCUGAUGUACGGUUGUGACCUGGAUGAUGACGGGACUGUUAGAGGAUACAGACAGUACGGUUAUGAUGGAGAAGAUUUCAUCAGUUUGGAUCUGAAAACUGUCACAUGGAUUGCAGCUAAACCACAAGCUGUGAUCACGAAGAACAAGUGGGAUAAUGAUCCUGGUAUGUCUGUGGCCCGAAAGAAAUACCUGGAUAACAUCUGUAUCAAGUGGUUAAAGAAGUAUGUGUCUUACGGGAGAGAGAUUCUGGAGAGGAAAGUUCGUCCUGAGAUGUCACUGUUCCAGGAAGAAGCCUCUUCUCCAGAGCUGGUGUGUCACGCUACAGGUUUCUUCCCCAAAGCAGUGAUGGUCUCCUGGAGGAAGAAUGGAGAAGAGGUGCAUGAGGACGUGGAUCUCAGAGAGACGUUACCCAACCAGGAUGGAAGCUUCCAGAAGAGAAGCAUUCUGAAAGUCCCAGCUGAGGAGCUGCAGAAACACACCUACACCUGUGUGAUUCAGCACAGCAGCUUGGAGAAGGAGUUAGUGCUGCAUGUGAGGAACGAGCGUCGAAUCCUGAGCGGUCAGAGAAACACUUUCUUCUAAAACUACAGAUUUACUGAUGC